AUGAGCGGAAUCAAAGCGGAGGCUCUAAUGAACCAGGUAGCACCGCGAGAACGCGCGUGGUCCGGCGGGCUCAGCACUGAAGCCAGCAGUUCGUCUGAAGUAUCGGAACUCCUUCUGGUGAAGGAUCGGCAGACGGCGCGCUCUGGAUACGGAAGUACGACCCUAGAAGUGCCUCUGAGAGUCGAUGAUGAGGUGGUGGUCAGCGACCAGAUCUUGGUGUCCGCCAUCGCCAACCUCAGCACAGCAUACAAUUUAGCAGUGAUCAACUACGCGCUUAUGAUGUUGCAAAGGUCGUACCCCAACUCGAGCCCAGAACUACGAUCCACCGUGGACUCAUGCUCGCUAGUGGGUGCCAUUGUAGGACAGCUCACAUUCGGUUAUGUGGGGGCUGUCAUGGGACGUAGGAAGGGGAUGAUCUUCACGCUGUUACUCUCCAUUCUAGGCGCCGCAUCGAGUGCGCUGCUACCGUGGGGGGCAGAUUCAGUAUAUCACAUACUGGCGGCCUGUCGGUUUGUGCUCGGUGUCGGAGUCGGAGGCGUUUACCCGUUAUCAGCAGCAUCAGCUGUGGAGUCGACGCACAGUCACGAUGAACUCAAGAAGAGCAGGAUUGUAGCAGCAGUAUUUAGCUUCCAGGGCAUUGGACAACUGCUUGCGCCGCUCAUGGCCUACAUCAUGUUGACAAUGAAGGCGCAGCGCACCAUCGGAUGGAGAGUAUUGCUACUGGUCGGUGCAUUUCCUGGACUAUUCGUGCUACGACGAGCAUUCCAAGUCAAGGAGGACUUGCCGCCGUCUCCGAUCACGCCACCAAUUGAGCUGAAAAGAUUGGAUUCAGAGGUGUCUUGCCACUCGAAGCUGUGGGAUCAAUUGCGAGAUAGCAGAUCGCUGCAGCGGAAGCUGUUCGGUGCUUGUGCGAGCUGGUUCCUAUUCGAUAUCACCUUCUAUGGGAACGUCAUCUUCACGCCUAUAAUUCUACAGGACACGUACGGAUUGGACAAACAUCAUUUCGCUGACGUCGCACUGUGCUCGCUGGUUGUGGCAGCUAUCGCCCUACCCGGUAACCUGCUAACUGUGUGCAUAGUCGGCAAGAUCAGCUUCAAGACGAUUCAGAUCAUGGGCUUCGUAGUGAUGGCGCUGCUCUUCGUGGUACUGGGAUCGCUCUACGAGCAACUUUUAGACUACAGAGGACUGCUACUUGGCAUGUAUGCACUUACGUUUUUCUUCUCGAAUUUUGGACCGAACGUCGGGACUUUUUGUCUUCCCGCCGAGAUUUUCGCGGAAGACGUGCGCGUUGAGCUCAAUGGGAUCGCUGCUGCAGCGGGGAAGGUCGGUGCUGCAAUCGGAGCGGCUUCUUUUGGUAUUAUUGAAGCUCGAUUUGGUGUAUCUUAUCUUCUGGCACUGAGUGCGACGGUCUCUCUGCUGGGAGCCCUCGUAACUUACAAGUUCAUCCCCACCAAGCACUACACCGGGUCAUAG